AUGGAAACUGAGAUAGUGCCACAUCUUUAUAUAGAGGAUGAACAGGAAUGCACACUGGAAAGAGAAACCACGAGCGGAGUAACCUCAGCACGCCCACCCACCCAUCCAACCCGCGAAACUUCUUCAUCCACCCUAGAUCACUCCUCCAUCCCUCCCAUUCCAUUUCCCGUGAUCCUCAAACUCCGCAAAACGGGGUAUAAAAUAAUCAUACAAUUACCCCUUCCCCCUCCUCCCCUCCUUCUCUAA